CCAAGCCAUAGCCGUAGCCUCCAAGCAAACGUCAUGCUUUGGCCAUAGUCAUGCUGUUUACAUGUGUUGAAGCAGAAUAGACUACAAAGUUAAGUAAUAAUUACAGUGAUCCAGUGAACUGUUCAAGAAAUGAAGCAGCUGUGCUCAUUCUGUGGCACGUUGCUCUCAGAAGCGUACGUGUUGUGUGUAACGUGUGAACCGAAAUGUCCGAUAUGUGUCCGCUGCUUCGCUAAGGGAAGCGAAUCUUCCACGCACCAGAAUGACCACCCGUACACGAUUGUGAGGACGGAUUUCCCCGUCAUUUCCAACUCGUGGACGGGGACAGAAGAAUUGAGGCUUCUCGAUGCAAUUUUGGACCACGGGAUCGGCAACUGGAGCGAUAUCGCAAAACAGGUAGCCGGUAAAACAGCUAAAGAAUGCGAAUCACAUUUUUUACAUCACUACAUUUAUGCAUCGAAUCAUGAGCUUGGAGAUGUGAUGCCAGUGCCGUCUUACGAGAAUGAGUGCUGUGCAUCCCCAGUAUUCUAUGAAGUUUCAGGGGACCCGCCACGGCCUGUCCUCUGUUCGCAGCAGCAGGUUGAUAUGGCCGGUUACAUGGCAGCCCGUGGAGACUUCUCGUUUGAGUUCGACAACUAUGCAGAGUUAGAUGUGGCUGAGCUCGACUUUACUACGUGUGAAGACCAAGCAGACAAAGACCUGCAGGUCGAAGUCUUGCGCAUCUACAGAUCCCGCCUCUUGGAAAGAGCGAGACGCAAAUGGAUUAUUCGAAAGCAUGGAUUGCUCAGCCAACAGAGGAGCCGACAAUUCUGGCGGAGGUACAGUGCAACGUUAGGAGAGCACACCUGCUCCGUUCUGAUUCGGUUCAUGCAACUCCUGCCGCCGGAGGACUUUGACUUUCUCAUUGAGGGGCUUCAUGGUGAACAGUUACUAAAACAGCAGAUGAAGUUGCUCCAAGAGUCAAGGUCGGUCGGACUGAUAAGGACCAACAGCAUACAUCUUUACAAGCAGUGUAGUCGUUGGAGAAUGUCGCACCACUCAAAACGUGUAGGUCUUGCAGAGUUGCUGAAUAACAUGAAGAAUGAAAAGGCGGCACAUGUAUGGCUGCAUAAACAGCUGAUCAAAGAUUCUUCUACUGCACUGGACUUGAGGAAGCCACUAGGACGGAAAAUGGCGCCUCCAUUAGACAUCACUGGCCUACCUGGAUAUGAAAAGUUGACUAAUCGCGAGAAAGAGCUGUGUGCGAGCCUUCGGCUGGUUCCCGACAUGUACCUGAACUUUAAGACAAUGCUGAUCAACGAGUACCAGAAGCUGGGUUCCCUCCGUUUAGCGAAUGCUCGAGCGAUUAUUAAAAUUGACGUCAAUAAAACUCGAAAGAUAUACGACCUCCUGUUGUCGGAAGGUCUCGUAAAGAAGGGAUUUUCAUUGUAGUCUGGGGAUGUACGAGACAUUCUCUUAUGUGAAUUGCAUUCAUUGCAUUGUGUACAGUCUCUUAUUAAAUUAUAACUUUUGACUCUUC